UGUAAACUUCCGUCUGCUUUUACAGAAAGUUGUCUCGUCAGCUGAUUGAUUUUGAACAUGUCCAAAAAGGAGGAUGACAUGGAUGAUUCCAUGUACCAAGUUUUAACAACAGUUUUCAAACACAAAGAAUUCAAAUCUAAGCUUCAAAAGCAAGCUACUCGAUGUGUUUUACAUGGAAAUCAUGAUGUAUUCAUCUCCAUGCCCACUGGAGCAGGAAAAUCAUUAUGUUAUCAAUUGCCAGCGAGAGUUGGAAAAGUUGGUUUAACAUUGGUUGUUUCCCCCUUGAUUGCACUGAUGCAGGACCAGUUGGAGCAUCUGGAUCGGCUAAAAAUUCCGUCAGAAACGCUCAACUCGAAACAGACUGUCAAGGAAAAAAAACGUGUACUUGGGGACCUAAAUAGUGCCAAACCCCGCACCAGACUUCUAUACAUCACCCCGGAACAGGCUGCCACUGACGGCUUCAAGGCAAUCACUGAUAGCCUCAUCAAGAAAAAACUUUUGAGAUAUCUUGUUGUAGAUGAAGCUCAUUGUGUGUCACAGUGGGGACAUGAUUUCAGACCUGACUACCUCAAAUUGGGUCAGUUACGGAGAAAGAUGCCAGGUAUUCCAUGUAUUGCUCUUACAGCUACAGCAACAGCUCAAGUGGUCACAGACAUUGAGAAACAACUCCAGUUGAAAGCCCCUGUAAAGAAAUUUAAGUCAAGCUGCUUCCGACCAAAUUUAUUUUAUGAUGUUGCCAUGAAAGAAGUGAUUGGUAAUCCGUAUGAAGACUUGAACCAAUUUGCCAGAACUGCACUGAAUUUUUUGAAGAGAGAUGAAUCUGAGAUUGACAAUUGGAGUGAGUUUGGCUGUGGCAUUGUGUACUGUAGAACUAGGAAUGGUUGUGAUGAAGUGGCAUCUCAUCUCAGUCGGCUGGGGAUGCCGUCCAAACCGUACCAUGCUGGCCUGAACAACAAUGUCAGAGAGGAGAUCCAGACCUCUUGGAUGGAAGGAAAUUUCCCUAUUAUUGCAGCCACCAUUAGUUUUGGUAUGGGUGUGGAUAAGGCAAAUGUUAGAUUUGUUGCUCAUUGGACCUUGCCUAAGUCUAUGGCUGGUUACUACCAGGAGUCCGGGCGGGCAGGACGAGACGGAAACACGUCUUAUUGUAGACUUUACUAUGCCAGACAUGAGAGAGACACUGUAGCCUUCCUCAUACAGAAGGAAACAACGAGGUUUAAAAAGAAUGAUAAAGCAGUAACAGCUGAAAAGCAGAAGUCAGCCCAAAAAAGUUUUGAAGCAUUAGUCAAGUACUGUGAGGAGCAGGAUUGUAGACACUGGGCCAUAGCUCGUUACUUUGGGGAUGUAAAGCCGGAGUGUGAGGGAGCCUGUGAUGUUUGUAAGGAGCCUAAGAAGGUGGCUAAGGCAGUCCAUGACCUCCAGACUGGCUCCUAUGCUAACGUCAACAACAAGGGAGGUAAAGGAGGAAUCUACUUCUACGAGGAUGGUGACGACGACGACGAUCCUGGAAUGUACGGGGGAGGAAGGAGGGGUGCAAAAAGCGAGUAUGACAGCUACAGUAGAUCGUUCGAAAACGGUGCCGAUGAUGACGAUGAUGCAGCGUACAAAAGAGAGAAAAAGGAACAGUUAGAGAAAAAACAGAGACACAAUUUUAUCAUGAGAGAAUUCAAAAAGAGAAAAGGGGGUGUUGAUGAUUCCUCUACCUCUGCUACUACAGAAGAGACUACUGAAGAACCAGAUCCAGAUUGCCCUCUCAGAGAUCCCGCCAAUCACAAAAUACCAAAACUUACCAUCAAGGGGCGGGAGUAUUGUAUGGGAAUGUUGGAAAAGGCACUAAAAGACAACUUUUGUAAGUAUUACCAGGAUGUUCCCCACAAGCUUGUAGGACAGGACUAUGAACCAAGGUGUUGUGCCAUUGACCUUGAGUACGAUCUGUUCAAGGUCAACAAGAUGGCCAACAUCUAUAAGGCUGCAGUGAUGAGAACAACAAAUGAGAUAAAGAAGUGCACAUCGUCUAAAGAUCUCCAUGUAGCCUUAGUACAAAAAUGUUCAAUGUCAGCAUCAGGGGACAUGAAAAGUUCCCCACCAGCUUCAUCGCUUCAGUCGCCACUAGUUUGUGGGUUCACUACUGCCUCUGACAUGCUUGCCAGUUCUCGAGUGGAGGAUGAAGAAAGGUCAUCUCAAAAACCAGCUGUGUUCGUUUCAGCAGCAGACAUGCUGAGAAAGGAUAAACCGGUUAAAAAGAGUGACCCCCCCUUACCUAGUCUAUGGAGACCUGACCUAAACAACUGUGAUAGUGAGGAGAACUCUAAAUCACCUGUCUGUGUUGAGAAUAUAAAGACUGAGAACCAGUCGAGUCCUUCCUCUUCUCCCGGGCUCUUCACCACUAUUGGGAACAGUGUGAUGCCAAACAUAAAUCUAACUAAACCAAGUAUUUCUCAUAUUAAGAAAGAACAGCAGCAUUCUGGAUUUCAAAAAGCUAGCAGUGUGAUUUCAAAAAAAGUAACAUUUGAUUUUGAUCAAGGCAAAUCUUCGAAUUCUGUGAAAUCAAAAUCGAAAUCGAAAUCAGGAAAAUCUAAAGGAAAGGACAAAAUCAGCAAGAAUGCACCACAAAUCACAAAUUUUUUCUUAAAGAAAAGUGAAGAUGAAGAAGAUAAUGUCCGUAACUGUGAAUUGGCUGAAACAAAGGUCACUAAAAAAGAUGUUAUUGAUUCUGACACCAUGGUAACAGAUGCUGAUGAUCAGGAUGCGGCAAAAUCCAACACCAGUCUCAAACGUUAUAAGACAGAAUUUGAUGACAUGAAGCCUUUGGAUGGUGUGAAACCCCUUCCAGAAGUCCGAGCCAAACCAUGCCAGAAAAGGAAGAUGGAUGAUAAGGUCAGUGCCAGCAGGCCCAAGAAAAGUAGAACGGAAUCUGAUAUAGAUACCACAAAAACAAACUCUGCAUCGUCUGAAGAUACCUCCACGUCCAGGAGAGCUAGUGCUGAGAGUCGGAGUUCAAGGUCGUCUGAAGAUCGAGUUACUGCCAAAGGAGCUAGUGCGGAGAGUCAGAGUUCAAGGUCAUCUGAAGAUCGAGUCAUUGCCAAAGGAGCUAGUGCGGAGAGUCAGAGUUCAAGGUCAUCUGAAGAUCGAGCCACUGCCAAAGGAGUUAGUGCUGAGAGUCGGAAGGUAGCGGCUGACCUGGUGGUGAAGUAUUUGACUCCUUACUACAAGGGUGGCCGGAUACCCACAAAGGAUGCAUUCAAAAGUGUUGCCAGAGCAUUGUCACAUAAAGUGAUAGAAAAACCUGGAGGAACAGGAAAACCAGAAAAAGUGAAAGAAAUUGUCAAGAAAGUAAUCGAGGAUUUAUUUAAGAAGGUGAAACAGGUCAAAUCUGUGGAGGAUCUUGUAGAUGUGUGAAGCUGGUCUCAUAGAGUAUCAAAGACUGUUAACAUCAACUAAAUAGAAACUGAUUUUAGAUUGAAAUUGGGGCCAUCUGUAUGAUGCUACUUUCAUUGCAGUUUUAAACAAUUGUUUUUAUUUCUUCUCAGAUUCUAUGACUGAAACAAACAAAAAAAUUCAAUAAUACCUCACUCUUAGAGAAUGAUUCAUAUGUGAAAGGUGUUUAAAUGGUGCUAUCUAUGUAAAGUUUUUUUUUUUUUUUUUUUUUAAAUAAUUGCCUUUGAAUGAAAUACAAUUACAGAUGUUGUGAUAUGGUAAUUAGGUUGUGGGAUAAACCAAAUAUAAUACAUAUGAUUAGAGUUAAGACAUGUUGAAGCAAAUGUACCAUUUACUGUGUUGUGAAUAAUAAAAUAUAUCAACAUGUAAGAUUUAAAAUUCCUCAUCAACUGAUGUUACUGUUUAAAUAUUCCACUACCUGCAUGCUUAUGUCUGGCAUAUAAUAUACACACAUAACUUUUUUUUGGCAUAUUUGUCUUGAGCAACAUGACAUCAGAAUGAGGGUAUGGUAUUCAUCCUCAAAUAAGCCCCCUCCUCUAGUGUAAAAGUGUUUUUUUUUCUUCUUUAUUGGUUGCUCUGCAAAAAUGAUGGAAAGGGCUUAUUUCUGGUUAGGGAUAUAUUUCAGGAUAUAUAAAGAUGAACCUAGUCUACAUUUUGUGUGCGAGUUUACAUUUGUGAUAAUUGUUUCAAUGUGCACGUGCCUGUAUAUAUAUUUAGGGUAAAGAAUUCUCUCGUUGUGAAACUGGUUUUCACUUACGUCUGUUUUACAAUGUAUAUUUUUGAAUACAAAGCAAGAAUGGAAAAACAUGUAUUAGCUAGAUUUUCUAGCUUGGUGUUAUGAUUGUUUCAGUUUUUAAAUUUUAAAUCAGUAUCAUUCCCUAUGUCAUGUGUAUCGCUCAAUUUAAUUCAAAGCAUGAAACAACAUAAAUGAUGGCAUUUUGUUUUUGCCAGGAUUUAUGGUCUAAAUAAAGUUGAUAUUUUUCUGUUUUAUGAAAUAACACUUUAUAUGCUCAUUUGUUACCAGUGAAAUAUAAGAAAUUAUCCCUUUGAUAAAACCCUACCGUAUUUAUCCUCAAACAAGCCCCCCUCCCCUAAUGUAGAAUUUCAACAUUAAAGUUGAGGAGUACUUAUCAUGAACUGCUUUUAGCUUACUCUUUCAUAUUGGAUGAUUCUGUAAAAAUGGAUAAGGGGUUAUUUGAGGUUGGGGGCUUAUUUUGGGACGGGCUUAUUUAAGGUCAGGAGUUUAUUUGAGGUCAGAGGCUUAUUUGCAGAUAAAUUUGGUAUAUCAUCACUGUCCUAAUAGCUUUAUUGAUCCUAGCAGUAUGGUUUAUAGAAAUGUUGUUGAGCCUGUUUGCUGUGAUGAUAUACACUUGAUAUACAAGGUUUUGACCUCUUGUUACAUUUUGUAGAUCUAUGUGGCUGGACAAUUCUUGUUACAACAAAUGCUACAUGUAUUUCUUUUCAAUGUUUUUGUGUGCAUAAAGGUAUUUGUCUCCUUAUGCAUAAUGAAACCUCAAAAAACAGAACAUGCUGAGUAGUCAACAAAUAAAAGUUAGAACACAAGUUAAAACAAAGGUAGUAUUGUUACUUUUUAUCAUUAAACUAAAUAUCGAUGAAGAGAAUGCUGUUUUUAUUUAUUAUGUAUGCAAGUUUUGUUUUAAUAAAGUUUGUCAAUUGCAACAC